AUGAGUAUGAUGGGAGAACAAAAGUUCUUCCUUGGACUUCAAAUCCAACAAUAUGAAGAAGAAACAUUCAUAUGUCAGACCAAAUAUACAAAGGAAAUGAUCCAAAAAUUCAGUAUGAGCAAUGCUAAAUCUAUUGGCACACCAAUGAGUCCUUCAACAAGACUUGACAAAGACGAACAAGGAAGUCCUGUUGAUGAAACUAAGUAUCGUGGAAUGAUUGGCUCACUUCUUUAUCCAACUGCCAGUCGAUCGGAUAUUAUGUUUAGUGUCUGUAAAUGUGCCUGGUUUCAGUCAGCUCCUAAGGAAUCACAUCUGACUGUAGUAAAAAGAAUUAUUCGAUAUCUUAUUGGAACUAUCUCUCAUGGUAUAUGGUAUCCUCGUUCUAACACGUUUAAAUUAGAAGGUUUUUCAGAUGAUGAUCUUACAGGUGAUAAGGAAGACAGAAAAAGCACAAGUGGAACAUGUCAAUACUUGGCAAAGCAUUGA